GACAAGCCUGCGUGAAUGGAGUGAUUCUAUAAAAGCCUUGAUUUUGGAAUGGAACCUGGAAACCAACUUCUCCAAUUUAACAUUUAAAAUUGGUGUUUUUGCAUGUACAGUUGAAACAAUAUUUAGCCUAUUCAGUCAAAAGCUUAAUCUACUUACGUACAAUUCAAGUGGGAGAGCCGUUUAUUUGCUGCGAGCGGUAUCUAUCAGACGAGCUAGUUAGCGUUAGCUUGCAUAGUUAGCUAACCCAGCUUGAAUAACAUCGACAAAGAACAGAAUAAACAUGAUUAAACUCAUAUUUGACCUCCCAGCCGAACAACAGAUAUUUUCUGCUGUAUUGGGAUUUUCGUGGGCGGUGUACCUAUGGGAGGCAUAUCUGGCUUACAGACAGAGGAGGAUAUACAGGUCAAUCACACAUGUGCCACCAGAGCUAGGGAAGAUCAUGGAUACUGAAACAUUUGAGAAGUCACGUCUUUACCAAUUGGACAAGAGUAACUUCAGUUUUUGGUCUGGGCUCUAUUCUGAGACUGAAGGGACGUUCAUUCUACUCAUGGGAGGGAUCCCUUUUCUGUGGGAUGUGGCAGGUUGUGUGACAGCCCGUUUUGGAUUUGGUCAAGAGUAUGAGAUCACCCAGUCACUUGUGUUUCUCAACCUGGCCACCUUGUUCAGUGCCUUAACUGGCCUUCCCUGGAGUAUUUAUAACACAUUUGUCAUUGAGGAGAAGCAUGGCUUUAAUCAGCAGACGUUGGAGUUUUUCCUGAAGGAUGCUGUAAAGAAGUUUGUUGUGACCCAGUGUAUCCUGCUGCCUGUGACUUCACUACUCCUUCAUAUCAUCAAGAUUGGUGGAGACUACUUUUUCGUCUAUGCCUGGCUCUUUACUCUUGGUGUUUCUCUGGUACUUGUAACCAUCUAUGCUGACUACAUUGCUCCUCUGUUUGAUAAAUUCACUCCAUUGCCAGAGGGAGAGCUGAAGACAGAGAUUGAGGCUAUGGCAAAGUCUAUCAGCUUCCCCCUCACUAAGGUUUAUGUAGUAGAAGGUUCUAAGCGGUCAUCUCACAGCAAUGCUUACUUCUAUGGGUUCUUCAAGAAUAAACGUAUUGUGCUGUUUGACACCCUGCUAGAGGACUACUCUCCUUUGAAUAAGGCUGGAGAGCCUCAGCCUGACCCUGCCGAGACUGACAACACACCCAGCGAGUCUAAAGACAGGCCCAAGAUCAAGAAGCAAGGCUGCAACAAUCCUGAGAUUCUUGCAGUUCUGGGUCAUGAGCUUGGCCACUGGAAGCUUGGCCACACUGUCAAGAACAUAGUUAUCAGUCAGAUGAAUUCGUUCCUUUGCUUCUUCCUCUUUGCUUCUCUGAUUGGACGGAAGGAGCUGUUCCUAGCUUUUGGCUUCCAUGAUAGCCAGCCUACAUUAAUCGGCUUGAUGAUCAUCUUCCAGUUCAUCUUCUCUCCUUACAAUGAGCUCUUGUCCUUCUGUCUGACAGUCCUAAGCCGCAGGUUUGAGUUCCAGGCAGACGCCUUUGCACAGGGCAUGGGUAAAGCCUCAGAGCUCUACUCUGCCCUCAUCAAGCUCAACAAGGAUAACCUGGGCUUUCCUGUGGCCGACUGGUUGUUUUCCAUGUGGCACUAUUCCCACCCUCCCCUCUUAGAGCGUCUCAGAGCACUGGGCAACGUCAAGCAGGACUGACGGGCCUGGGAGGGCAAGCGGCGACUACUGCCUUCCCCUCCGGGCCUCCGUAGAGCGCUCCUGGCCCUUUGAUGUGCCCUUGUCUUUUUCUACUUAUCUGUUUCCCCUUUCCAUUUUAUUUUCUUUUAGCUGAUUGACCGUUUUGACUCUUUCUGUAUGAUUUCUUUUUCUUAGAAUGUUGUCUCAAGUUAAACCAAAAUGAGCACAAAGCAGUCUCAAAAUUCUACUAGCCUAAGAGUCUCAGUUCUUCAUUUCAGAAAAGUUCAGAGAUGUCUUACAUGCAGUUGCUGUGAGAGGCAUGCACCAGGCCUUGAAUCUAUAAAGAAACGUUUCCAGAGCACCCAUCCUACUUUGCAUCAUGUUAAGUGUUAACUGUAUAGUUUUCUGCAAGAAUUGUUUUUUUUCUUUCACGUUUUUUUUACAAGUAUAUUUGCUUUUGAAAAAAUUCCCCUCAUGAAUUGUUUUUUUAUUUAUAAAAGCCAGCAUUGUGUCUGCAGAGUAGAACGAUGGCACCUAUGUUGAUGGUGAGGCAAUUUGUGACUAUCCACAACAUCUGUGGUUUUUGAGCUGCAGACAUAUGCAUACACAGACAUGCAAAUUUACAGGUUAGGACUUUGACUGUGUUUAGUUGUGUGUCAAAUCUACACAUAAAAAAUACCCAAUCAGAUACUCGUAAUACUUUUGAAUAGAUAAAUUAAAUGUCCAAGAAGUGUAAACAUGGCUUAUUUGGCAAAGCCUUCUUUAGGCAAAAUAAAGUUAAAAGUAAUUGUUUUAGUUUGUAGGGAAUAUAUAUAUGUAUGUAUGUAUGUAUGUAUGUAUGUAUGUAUGUAUGUAUGUAUGUAUGUAUGUAUGUAUGUAUGUAUGUAUAUUCGUUUAUGCAACAUUGCUGUACAAUUAUGAAAACAUUUCAGUGCCUCUAGUUGUCUAUGACUGGCCAGAUAGCUGAUAAUAGCUGAUACUUUAAUGGAACAGAUAAAUUUGGAAUAUUUGGCCAAGCAGAAAUACAGACAUUAAUUAUUUUAAGUUCGAUUUUUGACUUUUUUUUUAAAACAGGGGAUGGUCUUUUUUUUUAUCUUGAAUGCACUUGCUUGUGAAAAGGGGUCCAACCAUAUGUGUACAUAUGUAGUUUUGAGGAGUGGCAUAAUGGCAUAUAACGUAAAUUGGAAUGUAUUGAAUAUGUUUUCAAUCUCUUAGUUGAGAAUGUUAUUGUUUAGUUUCUUCUCUUUGGAGUAUGUGAGCCCAUGGUUGGCUGUCAAGCAAGGUAUUUAUAGGGCACUUGAGGGAGGGGUCAGUGAAGUUCCUCCUUUCACAAAUAACCAUUUGGUUUUGAGAGGAGCGUGUACAAAAAUUGUUUGCAGCAUUGAUUAAAAUCCCUUAA